CAAGAAUUUUAUAAAUAAUAAUAGUAGUAGGGCAAAUCAGAAUCAAACUUACAAAUUAAAUAUUAUUUACUAGCUAUUGUAAAUUGUAUAUUUCUCUAAGUUUAUUCUUUCUACGUAUGUUUACAUAAAAGAUAAAAAGGACAUUAUUCAAUAUAAAUUUCAGUUUUUAAGACGAAAAUUACAAGAGGCAGGCAGGAUGGCAGCGUCAGCGGAUAAGAAAUGUUGUUCACUCAUUAGUAAAUUGGGAUUAAAGCCACUCAACAAGCAAAAUCUACUAUUUUACUAUUUGCCGGUCCAAGGUGCUUUGAGUUAUACGGCCCUUUCUGUUAAUGUUAUGAACCCUUCUUUAGUGCUAAGAAUCUUCCCCAAAAGAGACAUAACGAACAUUCUCUUGUUCAACACAAUCCUUGGUUCUGGGCUCUACUUGUAUGACAGACAACAUUUAGCAGUGCUAUCUAACAAACAAAAGCUUUUAUUCAGUUCAUUUGGAGCAGUUACCUUCUCCCUGGGCUCCGUGCUUAUUUGGGCAAUACUCAGAAGUGUUGUGCCACAAAAUGUUGCUCUUUGCACUGCAUGUGGUAUUGGAUCAGGCAUAGCAUUGAUUAAAAUUGGGCGUGAUUAUGUUGAGCAUGCUGAUUCAUUGGUAAAGAAAGCUUAAAUAUAUUUACUUUGCAACAUUAUUGUUAUGCUUCUUCGAAUAAGUUAAUAAACUACUAUUUAGACUA